AUGGCAGACUCAACGUCCAUCAAACAUACGAUCCUCCGCAAUGGCACGCCGAAGGAGGUUGCCAAGUACCUCAAGGAGGUUCGAGCUAACACUGCCGAUCCGACGUCUAUCACAUACAAUCUCCACGAAGCGGUCGUCCGAGGUUCCAUCCCGCACAGCAUCUUCUCAAUCUGGAUCCCCAUUUCCGACGAUGCAAAGUCGAUCGUAGCAGCACUCACUCAAUCGGGGAGUACGCACGAAAGACGUGUGGCCAUGAGGGCAUUUCUCAAGGCCAUGCGAUCAGACGACACGAUGAUUCCCGUAUGGAAUGCGGCAGGUGGUGCUGAAGGUGUCGCAACAAUCAUGAGUAACCUCAGCGUCAAGGAGGUCAAGAUGCUAUGCAAUGGUCUCGCCAGGACAGCUUCCCUUCCCCACGGACGAUCGCAGCGACGAGCAAAAUUGACAGAGUUGAUCGCCAUCCUCGGCGCCGGAACCCCAGUCCCCAAAGAAAACCCAGAUGCGAGGCCGCUGUUAUCCCAUUACAGGAGAAUCCUGCCGGCCUGCACAACCGAUCGAGUAGCCGAGCAUGAAGGGACAUCGCCCAAAUGGACAGCGAGGCAGCGUUCUAACUUGCUUCGCACCCACCCAACAUUCUAUGAGGCCAAAUUCCUGGACUCCAUCUUUUCGAAUGAAGAAUCUCCUACUGCCGAAUUCGAUGCCGACACGUGCACGCAGCUUAUCAACAACAACUUUGGCUUCGCCAAGGAGAUGCUCCUCAAGUUUCUCGACGCCGGGGCUGAGCUCCCCGUUGCGCCUGACGUAUUCAUUAAUCAGAUUGCUUUGCCCAUUGUGAAACGGUUGCGGCGACGCAGAACAGCCGUUCAACAGCAUCUUCCAUUCGAGAUCCUUGAGCUUCUCGUCCGCCUCAUAAACAGGCAUCCCGACCUCCAGAGGAUGCUGGACGAUAGCCUUGUCGGUGUCAUGUUCCAUGUCAUCAAAUUCUGGGAGCAUACCCGUUCGACGCGACCGCGCGUUGAGCAACACUUGGUCGAGCUUUUCAAACUCACGCCUGAGACAAGGUGGCAAUCAGCAAAACAGAUCGUUCCGCAUCUACGUGUUGUCAAUCCGGCCGUAUCCUACCGAUUAUUUCGGCUUAUGCUCCGGCAUCUACCUGCCUUCAAAUUCGAUAUCGACGACGCUAUAGGCAAUGAAGACAUAUCUCUCGAGAAGAUCAAGGGACCAUGGCCAGCGAGAUUCUUCGUCACAACACUUGGGUGUGAUGACCGGCUUGCAUCUCUCCGCUUAGUCCAGCGUUUGAUGGCCGCUUUCCCUGACGGACGUUUCCUGGAGUAUUCAUACGUCAGAGCAAGUUCCAUCUUUGAGCAUGAGCAAGACUCUGAUUCAGUCCAAGGUGACGCGCUCGCACUCGAAGCCUUUCUUUUGCGAAAUCUGGAGAGGCGCAGAAAAGAAGCAUCCUCAAGCCGUGAUUGGGAAACUCGAGCCUUGUGGGCUCAGUCAGCACUCGACCUCUCCAUUGCGGCGGGCUCGUUGGAUCUCUACGCAGAGAACCUGCUUUGGGCGAGACGCUUCAACAAAGACGUGUUUACGGUAAGGGAUCUUUACGACGAGCGGGCUAUGAAGACUGCCGAGGGUUUGGACUUACUCAGCGGUAUUGAGAUAGCUUCUCAUGCCGGCAAGCCAGAUUUCGAUGCUGCGAAAUCCGUUCGGUCUGCGAACAAGAUUAUGAUGCAGCUGCUGGAAACCGCAUCGAUGGCCACCCGAGAACCCAGCUUCCAGGCUUAUGACUGGCAAACCGUCAUAGAACUGCCUGCAGCAGUGGUUGAAAGACGUUUCCAACUGGUCAAUGAGUUCCAAGAUGCUCGAAAGCUGACCGAUACCGAGAUCUCCGAGAUCGUUUGGCAGCCAACUGUGGACUUCUUGAUUGAACUAGAGACUUUCUUGCUUCAUCCCAGCCAUCAAGGGCUCGACUCCUUCGGACCACGUGGGCUGGGCUUCCCCAGGGACUGUUUCGGAGCCCGUGAAAAGCGGUCCCACACCUUCAAGUUUGUGGACGGACUCGCCAAGGCACGCGAUGAGUUGUGGCAGAAACACCGUCCUCAGCGUUUCCCAUCGGUUCUUACGCUGGGCGAGCCAUGGCCAAAGGGAUUGCCGCUGCAAUCUCUUUUGCCUAUCGGAUUCUUCGGCCUGAAGAAUAUCGAUGCCAUGCCUUACGUUCGAGCGCGGAUCGAGAAAGUUGUCUUUGGGGCUCCCGAGGUCUUGCUUAAAGAGCCUCCGAAGGAUAAAGAAUCUCAGCAGGCGAUAGGCCGUUUUGUGGACGAAUACAGCUUUGCACUGAAAGCGUACAUCGGUGGAGGGGAAGACAGCUAUCAGCAAGAAGAGCGCACUCGUAAAGCCUGGCGCCAUGCAGUCGACAGCCUCAGUGGAGCGAGAAUGACGAAAGCUGAAGCCCUACGGUUCUGGGAACAACGAUUCAACCGCGCGAACGUCUCAUUACCUGCAGACAUCAAAGCAGAGUUCCCGCGACGAGUCGAGCUCUCGAUUCCUGAAGUUGGAAAUCCGGAAACGCCAACAGAGUGGAAUCCGGAUUCUUGUCACACGGAAUUCGAAGAGCUCGGUAGCAAAAAGAUUCCCGUCACGAUCUUAGACGUGAUGAUAAGCUGUGAUGCCUUUGGCUUGGAUGGUGAUGCAGUGUGGCAGGCGUUCAGUCGGUCAGAUACAGAGCAAAUUCCAUCAAAGGAGAGACCCAACUUCUGGGACGCGAGCCAAUUCUCACAGCCCCUUUCUGGUAAAGUCGUGGAUGCUUACUUCGCGUCCCUUCUUCUCUCUCUCAACACCAUCCAUGGCUCCGACAGCUCCGUUUUGAAGCGCCCAUUUCCAUCGGAGGCCGAUUUUCGAUACCCAGCGCUCUACCUAGACGAGGACUUCCUUGAAACCGUCGACGAAGCCUUGUUCCAUGACAACCAGGCCCAGAUAGAGCAUAUCAUUAAGUCAGGCCCACCAGCAUUGCUUGUACCGGUUGUGAACUCAAUCCUCCAGAAAGUGGCUGCCAACGAGGACUCAGAAUCCCCAACGCAUGCUCGUUUUCAGGUGGCCAUGAAGCUUGUCAAACUGCUAGCGAGCAGCGACCAGCCAUCUCUGGCUUUCCCCUUCAUCAGGGACGUUGUUCUCAACAGGCCAAGCGAUAGCGCAUGGCACCGGGAACUUCUCACCAAAGGAUUCUUCAAUGCCAUCCCUCCAAAGCAGGCGAAAAAGCUUCUUUGUAUGAUAUCGAUUGGCAUACGGGAGAAGCUCGAGGAGCAGCAGGCUAGAUGCGAAAAGGCUAAGGUGGAGGGCGGUGAGCUAGCUGCGCGGUCCCCACCCGCGGUCAAAGUUACGACGGUCAAGAUGCUGGCAAAGCUUCUGAGCAAUGCGCCGUUCCUGGACGUCACAUCAGCUGUAGAUAUCCUUUCCGGUCUUUUGACCAAAGCCCAGCACAUCGACAUUCGAGUGGCCAUCAUUCAGACCAUGUUCGACACCCUAGAAGCUGAGACAGCUUCGCCCGAUGUGAAGAACCGGAUUCUGAGUGUCAUUGAGGACCUCGCCGUGCCGCUUGCAGCAUCUCUCGAUGAGCUUCAUCCAAUGACAGAGGAUGACUGGAUGGAAGCAGAAGCUGAUUGUGCUCUACCCGAAGUCGCCAAUGCGAAGGAUCGAUCUGCAGCUCCUAUACGGUCUCUGUUCUAUAAUUUGGAGAUGAAGCUCUCCAACGACCCUGUAUCCAAAGCAAGGCUGGUUGGUAUCACGGAUCGAUUGAUAUUGCAGUCCGCAGAGAACAACAGACGGUGGUUACAGUUGUUUCUCAAGAAGAAUGGCUUCUCGUUGCCUUCUGGAGAUAGCCUCCCACUCUCGCCAGUCGACCCCGCCAUGCUCAAGAUCUUUCAGAGAACUCCGGUGUACUUCUCGCGACCCAUGCUUGAGAUGCUAAGCCGGUACGUUCUUGCCAACGUUCGGCCCUCUCCCGGCAUGGCAUCCGUCACGAAGAAGAUCGAAAGCAAUGCUACCCUGGCCAACUCGAAUGCAGGAAGACACUGGUUGCAGCUCUUUAGCGGAAAUGAGGGAACGAUGGUUCGAAGCGAUUGGACCUACUGCCUAGAGCAGAUGCAUCUGCCUCAUAUGAGCAAAGAAGUCGCUAACCCGAACGAUCGCAUCACCGUUGACAUGCUCCAACGUUUCGCACAAGACUUUGCAGACGGGCUUAUCAGCCAUGGAGACCCUUCUUACGUUGAGGCGCUGCUCAGGCACAAGUCUGAGGCGAUGAUGAGGGAGAAGAAUCCAGAGAUGCUGAAGAGUUGGCAAUUGACAACGCAGCCGGUGCUACGAUCGGUCAUCGCGAGAGUCGAGGGGUUACGCACUCCUCAAUGGCAGCAUGACUCGAUGCGAGAGCCCAAGACUCUGCCAGACCCAUUUCGCCUAAAAGUGGCAAUGCUGGCUGUUCCUCCUGGAGGUGCUGACAUGGAUGCUUUGUUUGCCAAAGAGAUAUCGGCAUUGAUUGACGAGUUGUCAAACGGACCUGCCCUGUACCACAACAACUGGAUACAUCUGAAGCACCAGCUGGCACGUAACUAUUCCGUUUGGACGCCACGUCUUGUUUACAUUGCCACCAUUCUUGGUGAUCUCUCAAACGUCAACGUCGAAUGUCCUACGCUGGCAGAUUACUUGCGAGUCGAAAUGACCAGGGACCUCACAAAGCGGGCCGACUCACCCAAGGUCAGGAAUGAUAUCAACAAGUUGAAGGAGAUUCUGCGCAGCUGGAAAGAGUCCCCUGUCGAAAAGUUCAGAAGUGACCAGAGGGAUAUUGCCGCACUACCGCUCUUCGAUGAAUAG